AAAAAAAAAAAAAAAAAAAAAAAAAAAAACGCACACCUAAGGGAGUUCGCCACUUAUUAAAGAAAAGAUCGAUACGACAACAAAAUCAUACAUAUUGUCUGAUUAACAACAAGAGAGAACUUUGCUGCUCUAGAUUUAAAUAAAUUUACUACACGAUUUGUGCAAGAGAUAGACUGUAAAUCAUGAUGAAUACACGAUUACACUCGAGAUUCUAAAAAAAGCGACACCUGACGUACAUGUAUUCUGGAUGUAGUCUAAAGUAAAUGUAGACCCCCUCUUAAAGAGAAUGAAAUCAUUGUUAUUGUCGUUAGCGCCAAUAAAAAAUACGCUAAGAGUCCAUAGGUUGGUAUCAAUUCUCGGCAACCCAGCAUUUCAUAGAGUAAAAUUUCCAUAGUGACACUUGUUACUAUGGCAAAAUUUAAUUCAGCACGAAAAUCUUUUUUUUUUUGGACUCAAAAACGCGUUCUCUCUUUUUCUUUAAACUUACAUUAUUAUGUCACCCUGCAGAGUGCUCAUGGUGGCUGAAAAGCCUUCAUUAGCAGAAGCCUUGAGUCGUCUACUUGCUCCCAAUGGCCAGUUUACAACAGAACGUCAUGCUACACCUGUUCACGAAUGGAAAGGCAUGUUUCGUAACGACCCCGCCGACUAUAAAUUCACUUCAGUCACAGGUCAUGUCUAUGGUCUCGAUUUCACCAAAGAAUUCAACUCAUGGGAUAUCGAUCCUUUAAAAUUGUUUGAGGCAAAGACAAUCAAAUCAGAAUCGAACCCUAAAUCACACAUGACACACCAUUUGCAGACUGUGGCGAGAGGCGUGGAUUUCUUGGUGCUCUGGUUGGAUUGUGAUCGGGAAGGAGAGAAUAUUUGCUUUGAGGUGAUUGAAAAUUGUUUACCGAAUAUGAAGCAUGGUAGUAUGACCAAUGUCUUGCGAGCCAAAUUUUCAGCCAUUACAAAGGAAGACGUACGUAAAGCCAUGAACAAUCUAGGCAAACCAAACGAGAACGAAUCCAGAGCUGUGGAUGCACGUCAAGAACUUGAUUUAAAAGUAGGUGUAGCAUUCACUCGUUUUCAAACCCGUUUUUUCCAAGGAAAAUAUGGCGAUCUAGAUUCUACCGUCAUCAGUUAUGGUCCCUGUCAAACACCCACACUUUCUUUUUGUGUGGAACGUCAUGAUCGUAUCCAAGCAUUUCAACCAGAGCCAUUUUGGUCUGUGGCCACCACAGUCAAGAAAUCGGACUCUUCUAUUAAACUUUCUUGGAUUCGAGAAAGAGUCUUUGAUCGUCAAGUGGCUACCAUGUUCGUCAAUAUGGUCCAAGAUGCUAAAUCUGAGGGAGCAAAGGUUGUGAAUAUCAAUAUACAAAAGAAAUCCAAACCAAGACCUCAUGCAUUAAAUACUGUUGAAAUGUUGAAACAUUGUUCCUCAAGUCUAGGCAUCAGUCCUAGUGAAUGUAUGAGUCUUGCAGAAAGACUGUACAUGCAAGGUUACAUCUCUUACCCACGUACAGAAACAUCUAAAUACCCAGAAAGCUUUGAUCUCGAUAGCGUACUGCGGGAACAGUCUUCUCAUUUAGAUUGGGGUCAACACUGUAAGACCUUAUUAGCAAACGGGUAUGAUCGUCCCUCUGGUGGUACGGAUACAGGUGAUCAUCCUCCCAUUACACCCAUGCGCAUGGCAAAUGAAGGCGAUAUGCCGGGUGAUGUAUGGCGAUUAUAUGAUUUCAUCACACGUUCAUUUAUCGGUUCAGUCAGUCCUGGUUUAAAAUAUACCACCACCAAUGUGACAUUUGCCAUUGGAGAUGAAAAAUUUGAUUGUCAAGGCACCAAAGUUACUUCACCUGGAUUUACAUCUGUUAUGCACUGGAUAACCAAAGCAGAUGAAUAUAUUCCUGAAUUCAAACAAGGAGAAACACUCGAGAUUCAAACGAUUCAACUGUCAGAGGGAAAGACGAGUGCGCCUGAUUAUUUGACAGAAUCCGAAUUAAUUGGGUUAAUGGAACAGAAUGGUAUCGGUACAGAUGCUUCGAUUCCUACACAUAUCAAUAACAUUUGUCAACGAAAUUACGUCCAAGUCACGUCAGGUCGAAAAUUAAUUCCUACAAAUUUGGGUAUUGUCUUGAUUCAUGGUUAUCAAAAGAUUGACCCAGAACUUUCUUUACCCACUAUGCGCUCUGAUGUUGAACAACAGUUGAAUUUAAUCGCUUCAGGUAAAGCAGCACAUGGAGAUGUCUUGCUUUAUUUCUUAAAUAUGUUUGCAAAAAAAUUCGCUUACUUUACAAAACAAAUUGAAGCAAUGGAUGAACUUUUCGAGGCAACGUUCUCUCCAUUGGCUGCAACAGGAAAAUCGUUUUCCAAAUGUGGAAAAUGCAAACGGUAUAUGAAAUACAUUUCAUUGAAACCCAAUCGUCUUCAUUGUGCCACUUGCGACGAAACUUAUUCGCUUCCUCUCAAUGGUCACAUUAAACUCUACAAGGAACUUAAAUGUCCUCUGGAUGAUUUCGAAUUAGUACUUUAUUCAACAGGAUCCAAAGGAACGGGUUAUCCUAUCUGUCCCGCAUGUUACAACAACCCUCCGUUUGAAAACUUUAAAAAGGGUAUGGCUUGUAACCAUUGUCCACAUCCCACCUGUCCUCAUUCAAUGGUGACAACAGCGGUCUGUCCUUGUCCUGAGUCUGAAUGUAAUGGUUCAUUUAUCUUGGACGCUACUUCGGCUCCUCGAUGGAAAUUGAGUUGUAAUGAAUGUAAUAUUGUUUCUUCCUUUGUGGACACAGUCAAAAAUGUAACAAUCCAAAAUGACAUGUGUGAGUGUGGGUCAGUAAUUCUCAAGGUGGAAUUCCGUGAAAAUCAAAACAAGGAACCCAUGACGGGCUGUAUUGUAUGUGACGAUGGGAUGGAAGCAUUGUUAGCCACACGGUUUGCAAGAAAGAAUGUAAGGUUUGGCGGUGGUACAAGACGUAGAGGACGUGGUGGGGGAAAACGAUUUGAUCCCAAAUUAAAAAAAUUGUAUGCGGAUAUGCGAUAACCUUUUUUUUUAAUCAAAACCCUUUCCUCCCUUUAUUUUUUUUUCACUUUCUUUUUUCUUUUUCUUUUUUCCUAUCAUUAAAAAAAAUGAAGUUAUUCGUUG